UGUGUGGUUCGCGUGCUGCCGCAAGUUCGCGAAAGCUCUUGUACACGAAAGAUCCAUUCCGUUUCUUUUUUUUCUCGACUCACGAUUUUAUCUUUUUUUACAUCAAUCUUCUCUUUUUCAAUUUUUUGCUCUGUUUUUCUUUUAUUUCUCACUCAAGAGGUACGUGAAGUGCACGUACUGAAAAAGAAAAAGCUUUAGGAGAGAGUGCUGCGAGCCGUCGAUGUUUCUUCUCGCGGAGGUCUACGAUCGGCACAAGAAUGCCUAACGAGAACGCGUCGGUGUGUGCUUGUGGCGUGGUCGUGGAUCUACCAAAAUCGCGAAGUAGCUCGAUCGUCCUAGGAAAACUGACCAUCCUUCUGCCAAAGUCGAAAGGCAACAAAUCAGAGGGCAAGGGCUCACGUAAGCAACAUGAUGACAGCCGAGGACCGAAGAAUCGAACGCCAAGCGAAACUGGCAGUAGCAGUUCGGUGACGGAGCCCGCAAGAUCUACGAUAAAGAGCAGCAAACACGAAAAACAGCUCAAUCAUUCGCGGAGAACCCGAAGCGCCGACAGAGCCGAAUCGCAUUACACUUAUAUUGAUUCGGGCUCGAGCAUUCUCAGUGGUGGAAUUCGAGAGAACACCAUACCGGAAGCACUGUACACCAACAUACCGGACACACCAAACACGAGUAGUGCAAACGAAAGCGGAACUAGUCGGUCGAAUUCGCAAAGCAGAUUGCAACCUCUUUACUCCGCUAUUCCGUCUAUGACAUCGCCGCCGCCGACAUACGACGUAGCGAUUGCAAAAACAUGGCAGACCGGUCUGCCACCGACGUACGAGGAGUAUCUCUGUCACAAAUACGCGAUGAUGUCACGCUCGCAUACUCCUCCACCACCGUGGUCGGACUCGACGACGACGUCGUCGUCGUUGUCUAAUCCCACUUCAAGUAUUCAGGCGCGUCGCGACCUCUUGGCCAGCCAGCCCGAGCUUCGCGAAUACUUGACACAACUAACACGCGCCAAUCGUGUUUCGCACCAUCAACAACAUCAACAACAACAGCAGCAACGGCAGCAAUCCAGAGGCGCAACCUGCUCGGCCCAGAGGGAACAGCAAGUCAGAGCACAGCAGCGUGCACGAGCAAUGCCUCCCAGAUCGCAGAGUGAAAGUCGGGCGCAACAGCAGCGAAUGGCGGCGAUGUACGAGGAUGCUGCGUUUUGCAUGGAAACAACAGUAUUGCAGUCGGCCUUCGAUUCUGGCCAAGGAUUCGCACUCUGUAGCUUGAUGUAAAAAGAAUGUGGUACUUUGUUUCAACAAGAAGUAGGAAUUGCGAGAAGGUUGACAGAUGAUCAAUUCACGAUCAAACUGUUUCGCAGAUAUGUUUCUCGGCAGCUAACAAUAAGUUGCAUUCUAACAUGUAAGGAAAAUAUUUGCAAAAGAAUUCGAUAUGAAUUGAUGGUGCGUCCGCCUCUUUGCGAUUCAAGAAUACAACGAGAUGUAACGUUUCCCAGUUCAUGGCAAACCAUAAGCGCUCGAUGUUAGCGAAUGAUAAAUUAAUACCAUGAUGGAAAUAAUCUCAAUUAGUAUCAAUUCUCCUGGCAGUAAAGUGUCAAGUGUCUCAAAAGUGCAUGUGAAUAUGUAAGUAUCAAAUGGUAUCGAUUUCCAAAUGAUAUCUACUUGAAAGUAUCAAUUCUCUAUAAUUUUCUGGAUGCAAUCAGUAUCGGUGUACUGUCAAAAUUUAAUACAUUUCUAUAUAUUUGAUACAUUUCUAAUUUGCUAUAAAUUGUUGUUGUAUUGAUUUCCAAUUUUCCACACGAAUUUUACGUACAAUUCUAAAAAAAUAUAUUACAUAUAUAUUCUCAUACAUAAAUACAGACAUUUAAAAUAUUUUGAAAAUAAAAAUAGUUUAAGGUAAUAAUAAUUUAAAAUAAUAUUAAAAUGUCCAUUUCACCGUCUCUAUCAUACGAAUUAUUAGAACAAUACCAGAAAGAAAAGACUAAGCUAAAUUGUACACAAAUAUAAAAAAUAAAAUUAUAUUUUCGAUUUUUUCUUGCGUGCAAUAACUAAAAUUUAAUAGAGUUUCGGUGCACUGUGUAUUCGAUUUCGUCUCUUCAAAUGACACAGUGGUGUUUGAUGCAAAAUAAACCCUUCUGGCCCCUUUUCUGAAAAAGGUGCAGCAAGCGACAUCAAACAAAGAGCAAAUUUUUUUAUUCAUUGGAAUUCGAAAGUUGCAAUACUGUAUCGUAGCAAACUGCGACUACUAACCAUAAAAAAAAUAGACAAACUUGACAAUUAGAGAAAUCAAAAGUAAUUGAAAAUAGUAAUUGGAAAUAGAUAGAGAUUAGAAAUAGAGAAUACUACUUGUCGUGCGUUUUAAGAAAAACAAAGGCAGAUAAUAAACGCCGAUCCUUUUUCCGGAUCGGCGUAAUUCUGAAACAUGAUACAGUUUUUAUUGAUUUUCUGAAAAACAAAUUAUUGGCACCUAACUCCUUUGAGUUUGCAAUACCUCAUUUUCUGUUCUUCGAACUAAUCUCAUCGAUAGCUUGAGCUCCUAAAUUUACUUAUACGAGCAACGUUAAUAUCAAAAUCUUACAAGUUCUAUUUUCCAAACUGUAUAGCAUUUCUCGUGUGACGGCAGAUAGUUACUAUUUUUUUUUUUUAAACAAUUAAAAAGAAGAUUUGUUUUAGUCCAACAUUGUUAUUUGACACUUGACAAAUAAAAAUUGAACAUAUUUUAUUAAGUUAACGAAAACUGACAUUUUUGCAAAAGUUUCAGCAACUGCAUUUUCCGGAAUUACAUUACAUGAUUUGUAGAGAAUCUAACUUAUGUAAUUUAUUACGAUUUCAUUAUAAUUCGUACGAUAGAGCGCAAUACCGAAUAAAGUUUUAAAAGUGGAAAUGAGUAACAAUAUUUUAUUUUUCAUCGAAUUGAAAGUUUGUAGCAAACAAAAUUUAAUUUAAAAUAAUCGUAAUAUUUAAUGUUGCAAACUGUGAAAUGUUAGAACUUUAAACUUUGAGCUAAAUAUUUUUUACAAAAAUAUUAAUAUUAAUCCUUUUUCUUUAAUACAGAUAAUUACUGUUCUGCUUUCUAGUUUACUUAAUACGUAGAAAUUAUUUCAACUGAAUUUUUUGCAUCCUGCGAAUUAUAAUCACAAUAUGGUUAGUAAAUAUAAGACAACUGUUAAUAGAGCUAUUUUUCUUUCAUGUAUAGAGUAUACUUUAACCAAUUUUAAUUGUCACGUUUAGCGUAAACGAAUAUUAAGUAAAAGAAUGCUGUGAGCAUUCAAUACCUAACGUACACGGUCCUAAUACAUACAAAACAGAAAAUAGUGUGUAAAGUUGGUGUUAAAUACUGUAGUGUGACAUCUGCGUUAAACGCGCAAGAAUCACAUCAAUAGUCGGUAUUAUAACAGAGAUAAAUGAUAAAAUAGGUAACAGUUUUAGAGAAUCAAAUAAAAAAUAUACUUAAGUUCAAAUUAAGUGUAUUACAAACAAACCAGUAUUAUUUUUCUCCCGCUUGCUAUCUUAUUGUUAGUAUUAUAAGUCGAAAGUGGAGCAAAGAAUAAUACGGUAUAUGUAAGAAAUUCAAGAAAUAGAUAUGUCACUACCACUCAAUUUCUGUAUCAUAAACCAUAAACUCAGCACAUAUAACAUGGGAUCUAUUUAACGCAUGAAUUUGUUAUAUCAAAGUUUUUCUAUCGAUUUUGUAGCGGUUUUCUAUCAAUGACACAUUAAAACGCGCAAAAAUAAGAAUUGUUAAUUGUUAUUUUUGCUUGGGGCAAAAUAAUAUUGAUCACAUCACAAGAGUGUUACCU